CCCGGACUCAUCAGUUCCCAUCACGCUCCAAUAUCCAUAACGCAUCUUCUUCUUCUCUUUCCACAGUUCGUUCUUAAUGGUUGAUACCUUACUCAUCAAGUUGUGCACAGCCGUCACAAGAUCGCGCGUAUCAGCCGACUAGAUGCCUCGAGAGCACAACUUUCCAUUUGAGCGCACGUAGAUCGGCAGCUAGGGAGUGAAGCAGUGACGGCCUGGGAGUAAAAGAGAAGCGUCGUCACAGUCACGCUCGAUGGCUGGAAAACGCAAGGCGGCUGUCUGGGAUCCCACGAAGAGCGACUCCAACGACAGCGACUUUGACGACGCGGCAACUCACGCACGCCCUCAGAAAAGGUCCAGGAAACAGCAAAAGGCAUCUCCGCGCAAACGCGAUAAGCCACGACGUCAGCACUACGGCGACUCUUCCGACGACAUCGAAAACGACAGUGUCGCGAACAGCGAAGAGGAGGCGUCAUUCACAGAAUCUGAUGACGAUAAGCCGCUAGAGCGCAAUCCACGAACUGGCAGAAGCGUGCGCUCGGCAGCGAAAAAGGUGGUCAAGUAUGAGGAGGAGGAGAGCGACGAAGAGAUAGCAGCCACCGAAAGCGAGCACAACCCGACACAGCCCACGCCUGCACGAACGAAACAGGCGCGUGCAGCUGCAUCUUCCGAACGGCAUAAAAUUGUCAUACUGAAGGUACGAGUACCGGAGCCAAGCAUCGAGACCAAUCUGGAAACGCGCUCGCGCAGCAACAGUAGAACGUUGCGUCGCGGGACAACACCUACAAUGCACGCGCAGGGCUCAGGAGGGCGUCGCAGCAGUCGACUAUCGCACGAUGUCGAGACUCCGCUCGUGGCUCUCACAGAUUCUGGCCGGCAUCAAGUUGUGACGAGAGCUGGCAGCAACACGCCUGACCCUUCGACUACACGUCGGCCAACAAGAGGCGGAAAGGGCCUCGCCUCGAAGAAGCCACCUAGCGCCAUCUACGAAGAAUCCCACGAAGAUUCAAUAGGUGAUCUACGGCAGACGACCGAGGGCCAGCAAGAGUUCGUUUCCCAGCUGGAGGAAGCUGCGCGAAGCACGGUGCAGGGAGUGGAUCGCCAAAUACCACGCACAUCACCCACUCCCACAGCCAAAGACGAGGAAAUCGCAAUGGAUUAUGGCGACGAGGACGACGAGCACGUCGUGCAAGAGUCGCAAACGUCACAGGUGGAUUCUGGGGCCGCGGCUGAGCCAGCAGCGGAAACCGAGGACAAUGACGAAGAUGAAGGACCGGUGAUUAAGGGUCGCACUUUACGCGCUCGCCGAAAAGCAUCGACACCGCCUCCUUCUCAACCCGAGCCCAGCACUCGAAGAUCACUUCGCAAUCGGAAGGCCGGCGCUGAGCAAAGCAGUGACUUUGAGCCUGAUGCCGAAGGAGAAGCCGAAGCGGAUCAAGACGUGUCUGAAUCAGAUGAAGAUUUGCUCAAGCCUGGCCGUGGGAGAAAUGACAGUAGUAAUGACGGCAGCUCCCAAGGGCGGCGGUCAGGUAGACUGACGCGCAAAUCUGCUUCUCAACGAAGUCGCUCCGGACGCGCACCCUCUGUGGACGAUGAGCUGGAUGCUGAGGAGAUUGCGGAUGAGGCGGCAGAACUGGACGAGGACAGAAGGCGUAAUCGCCGAUCGAGAGGCAAACGGGAGCGCACAUCACAGCGCGACAACCAGAUCAAUUUCGAGCCGACCUUGCGCAGUCGUGGAAACAGACCAGACUACCGCAUUAUCCGGCCCGAAUUAUUACUGCCCAUCGAAGAAGACGAUGCACCCGCGAUGCCUACCGUGACGCCGCAACGGACUCGUCGGGGAGGCGGCGGAAAUGCCUACCGCAGCUUAUUUUCUACGUAUGGACCCUUCGGUGGAGGCAUUGGCCCCCCUCCUGUGCUCGGAGGCCCGGAAGGAUUUGGUGCUGCAGGUGGUGUCGACUCUGAUAGCAGUGAUGACGAGGUGGGGGGUGGGCAGCAGGGAAUUGGCGGUGCAGUGGGCAUGACACCUACCUCUGCAUUCCCCAGGCAUUUUGGAGCGGCGCCACAGGCUCUGAACAACGAUCCUCUGACUGGCACUGGUGGCGGGCCGCCAGGCUUAGGCAAGGUUAAGGACAAGAAGGCUUUGGCAGAUGCGGACCCUCUUGGCGUCGACACUAACGUUACGUUCGACGGUGUGGGCGGGCUGGACAACCACAUCAAUCAGCUCAAGGAAAUGAUUGCCUUGCCGUUGCUGUAUCCUGAGGUGUUCCAGCGCUUUCAUGUCACGCCACCACGAGGAGUGCUCUUCCAUGGCCCUCCCGGCACUGGUAAAACACUGCUUGCUCGUGCGUUGGCAUCCAGCGUUAGUUCACAUGGGCAGAAGGUUACUUUUUAUAUGCGAAAGGGCGCAGACGCACUGAGCAAAUGGGUUGGUGAAGCUGAGAAGCAACUACGCUUGCUGUUCGAAGAGGCACGGAAGAACCAGCCUAGUAUCAUCUUCUUCGAUGAAAUCGACGGCCUUGCACCAGUGCGCUCUAGCAAGCAGGAGCAGAUUCACGCUUCCAUUGUCGCCACUCUACUGGCGCUCAUGGACGGAAUGGAUGGCAGAGGGCAGGUAAUUGUCAUUGGUGCCACCAACCGACCGGAUUCUGUUGAUCCUGCUCUGCGACGUCCUGGUCGAUUUGAUCGCGAGUUUUACUUUCCACUGCCCGAUGCAAUGGGACGACGUAAGAUCAUAGACAUCCACACCAAGGGAUGGGAUCCUCCGCUCAAGCCGGAGUUUAAAGACCAGCUUGCUGAGCAGACGCGCGGUUAUGGGGGUGCUGAUCUGCGCGCGCUCUGUACUGAAGCAGCACUGAAUGCCGUCCAGGGCACCUACCCGCAAAUCUACUCGAGCGACCGCAAGCUGAUCAUCGACCCCAGCACGAUCAAGGUUUUAGCCAAGGAUUUCAUGAUUUCCGUCAAUAAGAUUGUGCCUUCUUCUGAACGCUCCGCUGCCUCUGGUGCUGCCCCGUUGAAGAAAGACAUCGAGCCACUCUUACGUCGUCCACUUCUCGAGAUCUCGAACUUGUUGGACCAGACCAUUCCUCGCAAGCGCAAAGCCACUGCUCUGGAGGAGGCGAUGUACGAUGAUCGAGAAGAUGAGUUCGGUUUUCAGAAGGAAGUCAUGCAGCGAGAAUUUGAAUCGUCGCGAGUCUUCAGACCUCGACUGUUGAUCAAGGGCAAGGCAGGUAUGGGACAACAGUAUCUUGGAGCGGCACUGUUGAGCAAGUUCGAAGGUUUGCACGUCCAGAACUUUGAUCUUGCGACGUUAAUGAAAGACUCGACGAGGUCUCCCGAAGCUGCUGUCGUUCAACUCUUUGAGGAGGUGAAAAGGCACAAGCCAAGCGUCAUUUUUAUUCCUAAUGUUGGUGUAUGGUGGGAGAUCCUUGCAGACUCCGUCAAGCGGACUUUUGUUGGUCUGCUUCGUAGCUUGCCACCGACUGACCCCAUCCUGCUACUGGGAAUACUGGAAUAUCAAAGUCACGACGAGAAGCCCAACCCCGACAUGCUACGCGAGUUGUUUGGAUUCUCAAGCAGAGACCAGUAUGAACUCAACCGGCCUGAUGAUUCGGCGCGAUACGAAUACUGGCAGACCGUCGUGGACUUCAUUCGCCAAUCGCCAGAUCAGCUUCCCGACCCUGAUCAACGGAAGAAACGAAAGCUAGCAGUGCUCCCUGAAGCACCCGUUGCUGUGGCGCCAGCCAAUGCAGAGCUGAGCAAAGCCGAGCUCAAAGCGCAGAAAAAGAAGGACCAUCAAACGCUGAACAUCUUGAAGCUUCACAUCCAACCAAUCAUGGAGCAAAUCAAGCUGAAGUACAAGAAGUUCAGAAAUCCGCCCAUCGAGGACGCUCAGAUUGCACAUCUGUUCGACGAUACAGACCCAAAGGUCCUUACGACAGAUCUCACCGAGGAACAACGACAACAACAAUCUUUGUUCAGACCCUAUGAGGUCGCCAAGGACAGCAAAGGGGUGCCUGGGUUGAAGGAGGUCAUGACGGACAAGUUUUUCUACAACCUCGAUAUUGUGACUAUCGAAAAGAGGUUGUCCAACGGGUAUUACAAGCGCCCGAAAGACUUUCUUGCAGACAUCAAGCGAUUGUCAAAGGACGCCAAAACCCUUGGUGAAGAAGACAGACUGCUUAAAGCCAAGGAGAUGCUUACUAAUGUUGAAGUCGACAUAGCCGCCGUUGAAACACAGCACGCUGCAAUGUGUGCAGAAUGUGAAGGCGUGUACGAGCGAGAGCAAGCCCGCGAACGUGCCUGCCUGGCCAAGUUGAAGCCUGGGCAGGGUAUUGGGGAGAAAGUGCCGACGAUAGGUGCACCGCACAUGUACCCUGCCAAUGGUUCCAAGACGGGGUACGACGACUCUGGGCCUAUCGUUCUUGGCGAACACUUCUCCACCCCGAGCAGAGUCCCUGGCGUGAAUCCUGACAAGGAUGCAUUCAUCGGCACCAUGGGCAACGGGGUUCCGCGACAUGUCAAUGGCUUUCAGCAAUCGCAGCACGGACAAGAAGAUGCGGAGAUGCUUGACGCACAGCUGGAUGUACCAGACGGACAGCAUGGCUCGCAGCAGCGGCCUGUGUCGCAACAGAGCCUAAUGGGCACACAAACAGCGAUGCUCCCGCCAGCAUCUGCACAAUCUCUGCAAAAGCAACGAAACAGCACGUCAACCAACUCUGGCACGAGAAAUAGCAAUGGCAGCAGUGGUCCGUUCUCGCAGUUCUCCACGGCCAUAAUGCGACCUGGUGAUUACCCCGACUUUGGCCGGAUGGGGCCUGGUUCUGGUUCUGGCUCUGGCAGUCAGAAUCUGCCAGACACGCAACCCCCGUCCAACGAAUCGCAGCAAAUUGCAUCAACAUUCGACCCAUUUGGCUCCCAAGGAUCAGCAGGCUCGCAGCACAACCCCGCGGCUCCCACAAAAGCGCCCGCUCGAGUGUCGUCUGUGUCCGCGCUCCUGAAUGACGAGGAUGCUGCAGACCCUCCCAAUUCGCGUCCUCAGCUGAUUGUGAAUGAAGACAGCAUACAGCAUUUCCUGACGAGUAUGGUGGAUACGACGAGUGGGCUGUCGCUCGAGCAGAUGGAGCAAUGUAAAGCUCGCAUUAUGGAUAAGAUUUGGAGGGAACGUGGCAAUUGGAACCGCGAUCAAGUCCUGGCUUCGGUGGCCGAAGUGUUCAAUGAGUCCGUGACAGAUAUCCAAGCCUGUCAGGAAGUUCUGAGCCCGAGUCAGAGGCUGGCAGGUCAGCCGAGAAAGACUACUCUCAUUGAGUCUGCGGAAAGUCUUGGUCCCACGUAACAGUCCACGCAGGCAAGUUUGCAGUAGGGUUAGAAGUGCAGUACAGUAUACCGAUGAUACACAUUUUUGUUGCCCCUAAUCUUGUGGGUGGUAGCUUCAUUGAGGGGUAAAACAUUGAUCUUCACCGGCUCCGCCUGUCGUUCGAGCUCCGAUGCUAGCGAGUCGCUUAUCUUCCGUUCUCCAUGUCGCAUUGGACACACUGGACACGCCUGGUUGGUCGCACGGUCGACGAAGUGAUGAAAGGCAUGUUCUGAUCGAAAUCACGCCCCAGUCGAGCCGCAGAUAGUCCGAGUCUGACCAAUCUACACCCUGGCCCUCCCACGCACGCGAGACUCUCAUGGAGGGGUCCCGUCAUCACAAGCGAGUCCACUCAUGAGCAUUCAUCCCCUUUCCACGAGGUUUCAUCGUCCACGCUAAAUCAGCCUAAAUGUAAUUCACUUUGCGCAAACCCAGAUGUUGAUCCUAGGAUUCCAAGCAAAAAGCAACUCAAAUUCCC